AUGGCUGUGGUGAGUCCUGUGCCUGCAACAACACAAAGGAUGGGUUCUGUGAGGUCACCUUCUGACGUUGGUGGGGAAAUUUUUGAGGAGCCUAAUCCAGGUGUGGUUGAUGAGCCAAUCUAUGUUGCUGUGACAAAAGAAGUGAAGGAAAGCAAAUUAAAUCUGAUAUGGGCAAUACAGCACUCCGGUGGAAAGAGAAUUUGCAUUCUUUAUGUUCAUGUUCGUGCAUCAAUGAUCCCCCUACCUGAACUAACUCAACUUGGGCUCAGUGUAACUGUUUGUAAUACAAUGGAUUUGACUCUUCUAAAGGUGGUGCACUCUAAAGUGCACUCAUUAUUGCCAAUUAGAAAUGAUAUGACGUUGUUCGGUAGCAGUUGUCAAAAUGACCACUUGUUGUAUUGGUUUAUUGCUGACGUAGCUGUUAUCAGGAAACAAAUGGGAGGUAGAUUCCCUGUAAGUGCACUAAAAGAGGAGCAGGUUCAAUCAUAUUGGGAAGAAGAAAGGCAAGGCAUGCGUAGGACUCUGGACGAAUAUCUUCGAAUCUGUCAACGGAUGGGGGUGCGAGCAGAGAAACUGGCUAUUGAAAUGGAUAGCAUUGAAAAAGGAAUUUUAGAGCUUAUAUCUCAACACAACAUCCAAAAGCUUGUAAUGGGAGCAGCUUCUGAUAAGUACUAUAAUAGGAGAAUGGUGGACCUUAGAUCUAGGAAAGCUAUCUAUGUGAGUAAACAAGCUCCACCUUCUUGUCACAUACAGUUUGUCUGCAAAGGGCACCUUAUACACUCAAGGGAUCUCAGUUUGGAGGAAGGUAAUGCAGAGGUUGCUUCUCCUUUGGUGCAGCAAGUGCCUGCACCAAACUCUGUGAGAACUUUGAGAUCUCAAUCUGUCACACUGGGGCAAGAUCGCGGAGCAAAUCUAACUAAUCAUGCUCUAGAUUUGUUACGUAGAGUAAGGUCUGCCAAUGAACAUGGAGCAAGUUUUGUGGCUGUUUCUUCUCCAGAAGAAAGUGAAGGGUUUUCAACUCCACGGGACAGGAUGGGUACAAAAGUAAGUUCUGAUGAAUCAGAUAGGCUGUCAAGGAUGAGUCCUUCCAGUUUGUCAACAUGCUCUGAUAGUACAGUUGAGCUAGCUUUGGCCCCAAGAUUGAUUACUGAAAGCAGUGAGAAUGCACUAGAGUUGACUUUGAGUCAGCUGGUUAUGGAGGAUCUCCAUCAUUCAUCCCCUUCUAGUACACUGGAUGGUGGAAUGGAUGAUACUAUCUACGACCAGCUUCAACAGGCUAUGGCUGAGGCUGAGAAUGCUUCGCUAAAUGCGUAUCAGGAAACUGUAAGGCGUAGGAAAGCUGAAAAAGAUGCAUUUGAAGCUAUACGCAAGGCUAAAGCUUCUGAAAGCUUAUAUACAGAGGAGUUGAACCUGAGGAAAAUGGCAGAGGAAGAACUUAGGAAAGAAAAAGAAGAACUUGAGAAUGUGAAGGGGCUGAGAGACAAGGUUAAGGAAGAACUCCGCCUUGCCCUAGAUCAGAAGGCAACUCUAGAGAGUCAAAUUUCAUCAUCUGAACUUGUCAUAAAGGAGCUGGAGCAGAAGAUCGUAUCUGCUGUGGAUCUGUUACAAAGCUACAAGAAUGAACGUGAGGAAUUGCAGAUGCAGUGCGAUAAUGCAUUGAGAGAAGCUGAAGAGUUGAGGAAAAAGCAAGGAGAGGCCUCAUGCACCCAUGUGUCUCAAUUUUUCUCUGAAUUCUCUUUUUCAGAGAUUAAAGAAGCAACAAGUAACUUCAAUCCAUCCUUAAAAAUUGGAGAAGGUGGAUAUGGAAGUAUAUUUAAAGGUAUCUUGAGAUACACUGAGGUGGCUAUAAAAAGGUUGCACUCCAACAGCAUGCAAGGACCCUUGGAAUUUCAACAGGAGGUUGAUGUGUUGAGCAAGCUAAGGCAUCCCAAUCUUGUCACACUCAUAGGAGCCUGCCCAGAAUCAUGGGCUCUUGUCUAUGAGUAUUUACCCAAUGGAAGUCUCGAAGACCGCCUUGCCUGCAAGGAUAACACCUCUCCGUUGUCGUGGCAAACUCGAAUUCGCAUUGCUGCUGAACUAUGCUCUGCCCUCAUCUUUCUCCAUUCCAGUAAACCUCACAGCAUAGUGCAUGGUGACUUGAAACCCUCCAACAUUCUUCUCGAUGCAAACCUUAUUAGCAAGCUUAGCGACUUUGGAAUCUGUCGAAUAUUAUCAAACUUCGAGAGUUCUAGUACCAAUUCUACACAGUUUUGGAGAACUGACCCAAAGGGAACAUUUGUCUACAUGGAUCCUGAAUUCCUUGCCUCAGGGGAACUUACUCCAAAGUCAGAUGUUUAUUCAUUUGGAAUUAUAUUGUUGAGAUUAUUGACUGGGAGACCAGCCUUGGGAAUAAUAAAGGAAGUGAAAUAUGCAUUAGAUACUGGAAAGUUGAAAUCCCUAUUGGAUCCUUUGGCUGGAGACUGGCCAUUUGUGCAAGCUGAACAAUUGGCUCGCUUGGCUUUGAGAUGUUGUGAUAUGAAUCGAAAGAACCGGCCAGAUCUUUAUUCAGAUGUCUGGAGGGUCCUUGAGGCAAUGAGAGUUUCUUCUGGAGGCACAAACACCUUUGGACUAAGUUCUGAAGAGCUCUCACAACCUCCAUCAUAUUUUAUUUGCCCGAUCUUCCAGGAAGUCAUGCGAGACCCACAUGUGGCUGCAGAUGGUUUUACGUAUGAAGCUGAAGCUAUACGAGGAUGGCUUGAUGGUGGUAACGACAACUCACCAAUGACUAAUAGUAAGCUUGCACAUCACAAUCUUGUUGCCAAUCGUGCUCUUCGCUCUGCAAUCCAGGAUUGGCUUCAAAACCACUGA